AUGGGAUCUCUUUCUUUAGUUGGCUGCUCACUUGACGGGCGAGGCGCGAUGAUAAUUGCCCUUCCUUGGUCCUCGCCCCCGACUGGUGGAUUUGCACGAGAUGGAGCGGUUAAAGGAUCGGGAAAGGCUUCUGCAGGUGGCUUGGUUAGGGACAGUCAGGGGAUGUGGCUUGGUGGUUUUAUGGCGAACAUUGGGCGUACUUCGGUCCUACAGACUGGCCGAACUUGUUGGGGUAAAGGAGGGAUUGCGAUCCUACCCAGGCAUAACAGCUUUAAUCCCCCUGAGCCUAUCGGCCCAGUUCUUUCAGACCUUCGCCUUACUUAA